AUGGAUUAUUUGAUUAGGAAUAAUGAAUAUUGUAAUAUUUUAUAUGAUGAAAAUGAAUUAUUAAGGAAAAGAAAAAUAAAUUAUGAAGGUGGGAAUUAUCCUUAUCAAAUUAAUUAUUGGAAUAAUUAUAAUAAUGAAAUAAAUAUCAGUGAUGAUGAUAUGAAUAGGGAAAAAGUAAAUAAUAAAUUUGAUAAUACUUAUAAUAAUAUUAAUAAUAAUAUCUUUUAUUUUCCUUGUAAAGGGGUCACAGACGAACCUAGAUUGUGUUAUAAAAAAAGAAAUACUUACAAUGAAAAUAUUAAGGAUAACUUAGAAUAUGAUAAGAAUGUAAAUAAUCAUGACUAUGAUAACAGUAAAGAUAUAUCAGACAAUUUUAUGAAGAAUGAGUGUGGUAAGAUGAAAAAAUGUGGAGAAAGUACUGAGGAGAACAAUGAUAAUGAUAAUAAUAACAAUGAGAGUAAUAGUAAUAAUAAUGAGAGUAAUAGUAAUAAUAAUGAGAGUAAUAAUAAUAAUAAUGAGAGUAAUAAUAAUAAUAAUGAGAGUAAUAAUAAUAAUGAGAAUAAUAAUAAUAAUGAGAAUAAUAACAAUAAUAACAACAAUAACAAUAAUAAUAACAACAAUAAUAACAACAAUAAUAACAACAAUAAUAACAACAAUAAUAACAACAAUAAUAACAACAACAAUAAUAAUAACAAUAAUAAUAACAACAACAAUAAUAACAAUAAUAAUGAUAAGAAUGAAGAUGAUGAAAAUACUACUGGGAAAGGGAAAAAAACAGAAGUGAAAAAACGUGCAGGCAGAAAAAGAAAUGAUUCCACAUUGUAUGGCAAUAGUAAUACAAUGUUAAAAAAUAGCUUUUUACAAAAUAAUAAAAUGAUAUAUAAUAAUAUGGAUCAUAUAAAUGAUACUAAUGAACAAGAUAAAUUUUUAUUUGAACAAAGAAAAAUGAUGAUGAAUAAUAAAAUGGAAAAUAUGGGCCCCAAUAUGAAUAUGACAAAUAAAAAUUAUUUUCAAAGUGUAAAUAACAUGAAAUUGAAUGUAGAAAAUAAUAAAAAUCUUAUAGGUUUAAAUGCAAAUAAUAUAAAUAAUUAUCCAAAUAAUAUAAAUAAUAUUAAUAGUAAUAUGAAUAUACCAAAAAAUAUAAACCUUCAUUCAAACAAACAAAUGAUGUUUAUGAAUAAUAAUAUGAAUGUACAUGCAAAAACAAAUAAAUUAAAUGAUGUAGCUAGAGUGAAUAGUAUAAAUUUUAAUGAAGAAAAUAAAAUGGCUGUUAUAAAUGAUGAUACGCGAAUGGAUAAUAAAAUGAGAGAUAUGAUGAAAAGUGGUGGGAUGGAUAUACAUUUAAAAAAUGAAGAAUCUUUAUAUAUGAAUAAUAUGUAUAAUAUGAAUAGUAAUAAUCCAAAUAGUAUACCUAGAAUGAGUACAAUGAAUAUUGGAAAACCUAUGAAUAAUUUUAAUAAUAUGAAUAUGCCUAUAAAUAAUAUAAAUGCUUAUAACAAUCACAUGAUUAAUUCGUAUAAUAAUAUGAUGAUUACAAAUAAUAUGAACAAUAUAAAUACCAUAAAUCAUAUGAACAAUAAUAAUAAUAAUAAUAGUAAUAGUAAUUUUGGGCAACAUGUUCAGGCACUACAAUUUAUGAAUCCUAAUAUGAAUAACGACAUGAACAAUAAUAUGAAUAAUAAUAUGAAUAAUAAUAUGAAUAAUAAUAUGAAUAAUAAUAUGAAUAAUAAUAUGAAUAAUAAUAUGAAUAAUAAUAUGAAUAAUAGUAUGAAUAAUAAUAUAAAUAAUAAUAUAAAUAAUAAUAUGAAUAAUAAUAUAAAUAAUAAUAUAAAUAAUAAUAUGAAUAAUAAUAUGAAUAAUAAUAAUAAUAAUAUCCUUUUGAAUAAUAACCAGAGUAAUGCACAUAUUCAUAUGAAUAACAACAUGAAUUUAAAUCCCACUGGAAAUAAUUCAUUUUUUAAUAAUUCAAAUAAACAUCUCAAUAUGAUGACUAUGAGCUCAAAAAAUAAAAAAAACGCUAUAUUAAAGAAUACAGGUAAUAACGAAUUUGAAAAUAUAAAAAGAGUUCAUUCAAACUGCUCUAAUAGUAAUAAAAAAUCAAUUAAAAUGAGUAGCAAUGAAAAUAAUAAUACAACAACAACUGUUAUAAAAAAUAUAAGAGUUGAGAAUAUAAAGUUUAAUGAAAGUAUUAAUUUGAAAAAUGUAGAUGGCUUAGAUCUAAGUACUAAUUUUGUUAAUGGGAAAUAUAUAUCCAAAUUAAAUAAUGAUGAGAAAAUAUAUAAUGUAGUACAUUCUAUUGUAAAAGAUUCUCUCAAGGAUUGUUUAGUUGAUUUUUAUAAUAAUGCAAAUUAUAUUUUUAAAGAUAAAUUAGAUUUUGUAUGUAAUAGUAAUACACCCACAUGUAAUAAUUUAAAUGAUUUAGAGGACAACAAAAAGGAUCAGGAGGAUGGAGAUAAACAUAAUUAUUCACUUGAAAAGAAAGAUAAUGAAGAACAUGCAAAUAAUAAUUCUGAUAAUAAACUUGAUGGUUUUGAAUUAGGUAUAAAUAAAACACCAGAAAAUAAGGAAGAUCAAAAUGGAAAUGACAAAAUAAUAAAUGACAAAAUAAUAAAUGAUAAUAUAAUAAAUGAUAAUAUAAUAAAUGAUAAUAUAAUAAAUGAUAAUAUAAUAAAUGACAAAAUAAUAAAUGAUAAUAUAAUAAAUGAUGAUAUAAAUGAUGAUAAUAAAACGAAUACACCCAAACCAAGAACACCUAAAAAUGAAGCUAAAAAUGUUAUAACCUCUUCCUUAUUGUCAGGCUUUAAUAUAUUUAGUGCCUUUAGUAAUAGUAAUACACCUAACUCGAAAAAAAAAAAAUAUGAUCAAGAGGAAGAAAAGGAAGAAAAAAAAAAAUUAGAAGAAGAAGUAGAAGAAGAAAAUAAUAAAUGUAAAGAUAAAAGUGAUGAGAAUGAAAAUAAGUCUCCUCAAAAUGAAGAUAAUAAAAAUAUUAUCAAUAAUAAUAAUGAAAAUAAUGUUUUAGACAAACAAAAUAAUGUACAAGAAUCUAUAGAUAAGUUAGAAAAUAUUGAUACAGAUAGUAAUAUUAAGAGAGAUGUACUAAAUAAUAAUGUAGAAGAUAAUGAAGAAGAUAGAGAAUAUAUUUUAGUAGAAAUUACAAAAAGUAUAUGUUCCAUAAUCAAUUUACAACAAUUAAUGCCUGUUAAUACAAGGUUAGCUAACCCUAAUCUGAUAUAUGAUCCAAAUUAUGAAACCAUAUAUUCUAAAUGGAAAACAUUUUUAAGAAAAGAGCAAUCAAGUGGAAAUUUAAUUAGUAACUGUUUUUCAAGAGAUUUCUUACAUACUGUUUUGUUAUGUAAUUAUGUUACUAUAAUUGAGGAUUUAAGAAAAACAGCUGUUAAGAAAAAGUUGAAAUAUUUCUUCUUACACUUAUGUUUGGAAUCUGGAAUAUCGAUUAACGUAGCAUUGAUGUUGUUUAUAAAUGCAACUAAGCAGAGUGAUAAGUUACAGUCUUUACUACCUUCCGAAACUGGAUUAGGAUAUUUACACAGAGAUGCAGGUGGAGCAAAAGAAGAGAAUAUGGGUAUUAUAACAUUUGAAUGUAUAACGAACGAUAGGGAACCAGAUCAUUUAAUAAAAUUAAUAACUUUGAAAAAUAUUUUCUCAAGACAGUUACCAAAAAUGCCAAGAGAAUAUAUAGUAAGGCUUGUAUUUGAUAGGAAUCAUUAUACCUUUUGUUUAUUAAAAAAAAAUACAGUUAUAGGUGGAGUAUGUUUCAGGCCAUAUUUUGAACAAAAAUUUGCGGAAAUUGCAUUUUUAGCUGUUACUUCAACAGAGCAGGUUAAAGGAUAUGGUACAAGAUUAAUGAAUCAUUUGAAGGAGCAUGUAAAGAAGUUUGGUAUUGAAUAUUUCUUAACCUAUGCAGACAACUUUGCCAUAGGAUAUUUUAGAAAACAAGGAUUUUCACAAAAAAUUUCUAUGCCAAAAGAAAGAUGGUUUGGAUAUAUUAAAGAUUAUGAUGGUGGUACAUUAAUGGAAUGUUAUAUUUUCCCAAACAUCAAUUAUUUGAGACUUUCGGAAAUGUUAUAUGAACAAAAAAAAACAGUAAAGAAAGCUAUACAUUUUAUAAAACCUCAAGUUAUAUAUAAAGGUAUUAAUUAUUUUGCUGAUAAUAAAGGAGCUGCUUUACAUCCAAGUACUAUUCCUGGAUUAUUAGAAGUUGGAUGGAAAAAAGAAACAAGGGAAAUAACUAAAAAGGUUCAACAUAAAGAAGUUCAAUUGAAAGAUCAAAUCUUAGCUGUUCUUGAUCAUUUAGAAAAACAACAAUCCGCAUGGCCAUUUCUUAAGCCAGUUAGUCUUUCAGAAGCUCCUGAUUAUUAUGAUAUUAUAAAAGAACCAACAGAUAUUUUAACCAUGAGAAGAAAGGCCAGACAUGGGGAUUAUAAAACCAAGGAAGAUUUUGGUAUUGAGCUUAAGAGAAUGUUUGAUAAUUGUCGUUUAUAUAAUGCUCCAACAACUAUUUAUUUCAAAUAUGCAAAUGAACUACAAACACUUAUAUGGCCUAAAUAUGAAGCCAUAACUGAUACAGCAAAAUAG